AGCUGACUUCUGACGUCACUUUCCCUCGACGUUCGCAGCAGGAAGUUCUUUCACCGGGUGAUUUUGUUGUGGAUAACACGUCGUCCCCUGCCCUUCAGCCGUAAAAUGUACUACAAAUUCAGCGGUUUCACCCAGAAGCUGACGGGGUCUUCUUCCACGACGGCCUACAGCCCUCAGGGGCUGAGGCCAAGCGUGCCAGUGGAGACCCCAGCUAUGGUCUUCGCCACACCCACCAAGGUGGUCUCAGAGGCCGGGGCCACCGUGGAGUACAUGGGAGCAAACAAGGUGCCCGAGUUCCAGAAGCUAUUCCAGACAUCAGACGGUGUCCCCAUCCAUCUGAAGCGCGGCGUUCCCGACAAGCUACUGUACCGCACCACCAUGGCUCUCACAGUAGGAGGCGCUCUAUACUGUCUGGUGGCUCUUUACAUCGCAGCUCAGCCCAGAAAUAAGUGACCAACACAAACCCGGGAACAACAGAUCCUUUCAUAACACCUCUGCCAUGUCACGGCUUUAUCACCAAACAUUCACAUUUUCCGUCUGCCCUCGCCAUGCCACCUCUUGGGACUCUUGAGAAUUUAUCGCCAGCUGAACAAAAUGUCACACAAAUGAUAACAACAAUAAUGUCUUCUUUGUUAAAAAAACAGUGUAAAUUAAUAAAUUUUAAG